AAACCGCCAGCAUGGCACCAGCUAAAAAAAAAUUGUCUCGUGGAACUCAACCGGCUGGAGGCGAUAAGCCAAGUGAUGUGGCAGAAACCACGUCGAAAAAUCCUGACCAGAGCCAAGAAGGUGGGGACGAAAACGAUGUUGCCUCAAACCCGUCCCACAAGAGGACCUUUUCUAAGACGGAUGACUCAGAUCAACAUGUUGCGGAGGGCUCUUCAGUUCCACCUUCGAACAAGAAAGCUAAAUCUGACGCACCCGACACUCUAUCAGCCCCUGACUCCGAAAACGAACUCGAAAGCUCUUGGAGCGACAUUGAUGAAAAGGACCUAUUAGUGCCCAUGACUCCCAAUGGGCCCAACAUAUUCUAUGGGUGUGCUGACGCCCUAUUUGAUUUAUUCAAGACAGGCAACAGUGACGAAAGCGCCCUUUGGCCCAAACCGAAGGUCAUGGAUGCUUACCGUUCAUUGCCCGAUGAUGAAGACUAUGAUUCGUCAGCUGAAGAUGACGACGACGAGUCUGAAAGGGAAGAUUUUGACAUACCCUGUCUGUCCAUUCUCUGCGACCCAAAAGAUCUCGAGACUCCCGAGGCAAAGCUCUUGCAAAGUCAAUUCGAGGCAGAUAGUGAUAGAUCAUGGUAUGAAGUGACUCUUACACGUCACUUGCCUGCAGACGCUCCCAAGAAAUUGCGAGUCGAUUUGGAAGCUGGUUAUUAUGGUAUGCGAACCGGAGUGGUUGGUGAGCAAAGUCUAGGCAAAUGGUGGAUAACGGACAUCUCAGUGGCGAAGGGGGAGUCAGAGGAGGCAAUAACAACUAUCCUUGAGAAAAUGUUCUAGAAACGACUGACCAUCACCUUAAUAUGAAAAUGUUGGACUGGC